AAGUACGAUUAGGAGCAUGUAAUUAAAAACUAAAAAUACGAAAAAAUCGUAAAUGAAAAUUUUUACAGGUGAUCAAUGCCGCAAAACACGAAUAAGUGAAAUAUUUAUUUAAAAUGUCGCUGUAAAAAGCAGUCGCACCGUGCAUGUUGUGUGAACCGUAGAAGUGGUGCAAUAAAACUAUAUUGUUGGUAUUGUUCAACAUAAGGUUGGGCUAACGCAAAACGUGCAUCUUUCCUUCCCGUAUGGCUGCGUAUGUUAACCGUACGAUAUCGAUGAUGGCUGGCGACGGGCCGCACAACGUCGCGACACUCAACAAUGGCAAUGUCCGUGUCAACAUGCCCAAUGUUGACUCACCGUUGCAGAUAUUUGUAAGAGCUAAAAAGAAGAUCAACGAUAUAUUCAUUGAGAUUGAUGAUUAUGUCAAAGAUGCGGUCACGUUUAUGCAUGCUGUGUCGGGGGAGAAUAAGAUUGCGAGUGCUCAGGAUGUGGCUAAUAUCGAGGCGUACGUCAGCAAGGUGCAAGCCAUACGGGAGGUGCUCAAACGAGAUCACAUGAAAGUCGCCUUCUUUGGCAGAACGAGUAAUGGUAAGAGCACAGUGAUAAAUGCGAUGUUGCACGACAAGAUCCUGCCGAGCGGUAUCGGGCACACCACCAACUGUUUCCUACAGGUGGAGGGCUCUGAUACUGAUGAGGCCUUCAUGCGCACCGAUGGUACCGAGGAGAAGCUCAGCGUGCAGUCUGUGAGCCAGCUGGGGCACGCGUUGUGCGCGACGAGGCUGCAGGAGUGCGCGCUGGUGCACGUGUACUGGCCGCGCGAGCUGUGCGCGCUGCUGCGGGAUGACGUGGUGCUGGUGGACAGCCCCGGAGUUGAUGUCACACCCAACCUGGACCAGUGGAUCGAUCAGUACUGUCUCGACGCUGACGUCUUUGUGCUGGUGGCCAACGCAGAGUCCACACUUAUGGUCACCGAGAAAAACUUUUUCCACAAAGUGUCAACGAAGAUAUCACAACCGAAUAUAUUUAUAUUGAACAAUAGAUGGGACGCCUCUGCCUCGGAACCCGAGUAUUUAGAUCAGGUGCGUACUCAGCACGCCAACAGAUGUGUGGACUUUCUGUCGCGUGAGCUUCGCGUCUGCACACCCAAGGAGGCUGAGGAGAGGAUAUUCUUCAUCUCAGCCAAGGAAGCUCUUCUCACGCGCAUGAGGGAGCGGGAGAAACCAGUCUCCUCUCCUAUAUUAGCUGACGGCCAUCAAGUGCGAUACUUUGAGUUUGUGGACUUCGAGCGCAAGUUUGAGGAGUGCAUCAGUCAGUCGGCAGUACGCACCAAGUUCGCACAACAUUCGAGACGCGGGAAGAACAUCGCUGCAGAGGUCAUGGCCGCGCUAGAACAGGUGUACAACAAAGCGACGGAGCAGAAGUCUUCGAAGGUGGAGAAGCAGCGAGUGCUGCACGAGCAGCUGUCAGCUGUGGAGGAGCAGCUGACCGCCAUCACAAGGCAGAUGAAGGACAAGAUCGGACGCAUGGUCGAGAGCGUCGAGCACAAGGUAUCAUUGACGCUGAGCCAAGAGAUCCGUAGGCUGUCCGCGCUGGUGGAUGAAUACGACGCACCUUUUAGAUCGGAGCGCGGCGCUCUGGAGCAGUACAAGCGGCAGCUGCAUCGCCAUGUCGAGGCCGGCCUCGGACAGCGCCUCAAGAAGCGCCUCUCCGCUGACAUCGGACAGGAGAUGGACGCCGUGCAGAAGGAGAUGGCAGAGCGAAUGUAUAACAUAUUGCCAGCGCACAAGCGAGCGGCUGCGGCCAACUAUAUUGUGCCGCAUCAGCAGCCGUUUGAGGUGCUGUACAGGCUGAACUGCGACAACCUGUGCGCUGACUUCCAGGAGGACCUGGCAUUCCGCUUCUCGUACGGCAUCACCGCGCUCAUACAGCGCUUUCAGGGCAAGAAUACAAAUAAGAUCGCACUCAAGAACCCGCCGCAAUACACACAGAUCCCGCCUGCAGUGGGUCCCGGGGCGCCCCCUAUGGAGGUGGCGCGGCACAAUGGACCCGCGGGUUCUACGGUGGGUGCUGUGAUGGGUCCACUGAGCGCUGAAGAGUGGAGCAUGGUGUCGAGGUUCGCACUCGGCGCCCUCACCUCGCAGGGCACCAUGGGCGGUCUGCUGCUGUCAGGACUGCUGCUGAAGACUGUGGGUUGGCGCGUGGUGGCGCUGACUGGUGCGGUGUACGGCGCGCUGUACCUGUACGAGCGGCUGACGUGGACGGCGCGCGCGCAGGAGCGCCUCUUCAAGCGGCAAUAUGUCGCCCACGCGGGACACAAGCUGCGCCUCAUCGUCGACCUCACCUCCGCCAACUGCAGCCACCAAGUCCAACAAGAGCUAUCAACGAUGUUUGCGAGAUUGUGCCGGCUGAUUGAUGAGGCGACGACUGAGAUGGAUGGUGAGCUGGGUGAAGUGCGCACCGCCAUCGCCAUGCUGGAGGAUGCAUCCGCGGGCGCUAAACGUCUCCGCAACAAAGCACAUUAUCUCUCCCAUGAACUGGAACUCUUCGAUGAAGCCUUCCUCAAGCAUAAUUAGACAAGUCAGCGACAAUUGCGUUUUGUGCGACAUUAGACAAUUAUCGAUGUGUCAGCGGAGUCCGGCGCUCCGGUCAGCGGAGCCCUAUCAGCUGUACUACUGCAUGAGCAGUUUGUGCCGUCUUGACAACUUCCCAGCUACUGUUAACUUUGUCUAGAUAUUUUAUAGGUCAGACUUUAAAAUGUCAAGUAAAAAUAUUUUGUAACAUAUUUCUUGUUGUAGAUUUAUUUUAAGGUCUAAAAUUUGUCCUGGAUAAAAUAACCUUUAAUCUAUCUUAAUAACCAAGCAAUAUCUAGUUAUUUACAAUUAAAUUAAUUUUUUUUUUAUUAAAUUACUAGAAUUAGACAAGGUAUUUGUAAUUACCGAUGUCUAUAGGUCGCUUCGCUAUUUUGGCGAAUUCAUGUGGCCACUUGCUCGUUUGUUACCUUAU